UCUGGCUCCGCUCCUGCAGUUGGUGAGGCGGCGGCGGCGGCGGCGGCGUCUGCGUCUGCGCGGUGACGCACCUGAGUGCUGCGGCACUGGAGCAACCAUGGCACUGAGACGGUGACAGAUUGUCGGCAAACACCCCUCCAGACUCACGGAAACAAAAUAAAAGAGCACCAGUUAUUUGAGAAGUGCGUGAAGGGAAUAAACGUACAGAUGAUCCUGGAUCAACAGAACUUAUCAAUAAAGAUUCUUCUCCGGAAAACACUACACCAUGAGUGAAAUAAAUAGUGAAACUGGAUUCUACAGUGUACAAGUUGGUGAUUCCACCUUCACGGUUCUUAAGCGAUACCAGUCAUUGAAACCCAUAGGAUCGGGGGCACAGGGGAUUGUUUGUGCUGCAUUUGAUUGUAUACUUGAUGGAAGUGUUGCUGUUAAGAAACUCAGCAGACCUUUUCAGAACCAAACUCAUGCCAAGAGAGCUUACAGGGAACUUGUUCUUCUAAAAUGUGUAAAUCAUAAAAAUAUUAUUAGUUUGUUGAAUGUAUUUACACCGCAGAAGUCUUUAGAAGAAUUCCAAGAUGUUUACUUGGUUAUGGAGUUGAUGGAUGCCAACUUAUGCCAGGUUAUCCAUAUGGAGCUAGACCAUGAGAGAAUGUCCUACCUUCUUUACCAGAUGUUAUGCGGUAUUAAGCACCUUCACUCAGCUGGCAUUAUCCACAGAGAUUUGAAACCCAGCAACAUAGUAGUAAAAUCAGACUGCACUCUGAAAAUUCUAGAUUUUGGGCUGGCAAGGACAGCCUGUACUAAUUUUAUGAUGACGCCAUAUGUCGUGACGCGAUAUUAUAGAGCACCAGAAGUUAUCCUAGGAAUGGGAUACAAAGAAAAUGUUGAUAUCUGGUCAGUGGGGUGCAUCAUGGGAGAAAUGCUGAAAGGUUCUGUGCUAUUCCAAGGCACUGAUCAUAUUGAUCAAUGGAAUAAAGUCAUUGAACAGCUAGGAACGCCAUCGGCGGAAUUCAUGAAGAAAUUGCAGCCAACUGUACGGAAUUAUGUAGAAAAUAGGCCAAAAUAUCCAGGGCUUGGUUUUGAAACAUUAUUUCCAGAUUGGGUUUUUCCAGCAGAUUCUGAACGUGACAAGUUAAAAGUAAGUCAGGCCAGAGAUCUUCUCUCGAAGAUGCUAGUGAUUGAUCCUGACAAGAGAAUUUCUGUGGAUGAUGCCUUACAGCAUCCAUAUAUUUCCGUCUGGUAUGAUCCUUCUGAAGUAGAAGCACCCCCUCCACAGAUCUAUGAUAAACAAUUGGAGGAAAGGGAGCACACUAUAGAUGAAUGGAAAGAAUUGAUCUAUAAAGAAGUUGUGGACUGGGAGGAAAGGAAUAAAAAUGGUGUUAUUAAGGAACAGCCCUUACCUUCAGAACAGAUGCAGCAGUGAAUAACAACAACAGUCCCUCUCAGUCUUCCUCCAUCAAUGACAUAUCAUCCAUGUCAACAGAGCAGACUUUGGCUUCCGAUACCGACAGCAGCCUCGAUGCUUCAACAGGACCACUUGAUGGUUGCAGGUGAUCAGCCUCCUGACUUCAAACAUGAGCAUUAUCAGAAAGCAACUACUUGGUUUGAGUUGCUUUUAAAUUAAUGAAACCACAUUAUGAUAUAUAUAUAUAUGUGUUGCAUGUACCACAAACACAAUGCCUAUGGUUUACUGUAUGAUUGCCUGGCUUUGACACUCAUAAAAUUUGAAAAGGAAAUUUAUAAUGGAAUAUGUAUUUGUGCAAACUGCUCCCCCCAGCCCCUGAUUCAGGUGAGCAGGAUGUGGAAAAUCUGAAGAAUGUGUCCAUGAAAUGCACCAAACAUUUUGUUCUCAGUACUCACCUAUUUUUCUUCAUUGAAGAUUUUAACUACAUUCCAAAAAUUCUUAACAUAAUCGUCUGACAGCACUUUUAAAAUUUCUAGUAAUUAUUUUCUUAGCAUUUUCAGUAUGCUAUUGGUAAAUGAAUGAGAUCUAAAGAUGCAGUAUUGUGGAUUUUAGAUUGUCUCUACACACAUUAUUAAAAGUCAAUUAUUUCUGAAAUAAUAAUUGAUAAUAUCAAGCAAGAUAAACUUUUUUAUUUGUAUGUAGUUGGCGUGAGUUUUUAAAUUUUAAUGAUCUGGAUUAGCAUGACGAUCUAGUUUGAGACCUUGUGAAAUGGAUUUUCUGAUUCGUAGAAUGAUCUACCUGUAAUUUGUUAUGCAAAACUGAUUUUUGCUCAGCUGACCAAAAAGGACGGAACCCAGCUUAAUCUGCAUUUUAAAGAAGGGAACAAAGACAAAUGGGUUUUAAAGUUACUUGAUUGUUAGAGUUUGCAUGGAGUUGGGAUAAGGAUGUCAGUGUUGUUGAGGAACAGUGCUAAAACGUUUUGAGGAUGUUGAAACAAAGGAUUUUAAUGCAAGUUAUUUUGGGCCAGCAUUUUGGCAUUUUUCAAACUUUGUUGCAUUUGAACUAAGAAGCCAAUAUUAACACUUCAUGUGCCUUGUAAAGAUUUAAAUACUUGCAGAAUAAGCCAAAGGUUAUCCCCAAAAAAACGUUUGUUUAGAAAACUGUCACAGUGUGUAUCCCACUAGAGUAAACCCAUUAAAUCCAGUGUAAAUUGCAGUAAAAUCCAUUGCCUUAAGCUUGUGUGACAAUGACAAGCCCGUAUGCCUCAUGAAAAAUACACUGGAGGCAGGAAUUUCAUCUUGCUGUAAAACUGGAUUCUUCAAACCAAAAAUGAAUUAUUUAUUAUGGAAUGUACAGGCAAAAUUUCCUCUGAUCUGCAGUAAAAUUAUACACUAAACGUAAUGAAUUUAUUGUAACAUUGUACAUAUAAUAGACAGAGGAAAUCGUCCCUGACUCUUGUUGGGUUUUCUUUUGAAUCAGAAACGUCUGCUUACAGCAUUCUGUUAUUUAAGGUGAGGUCUGCCUUUAUAAGUUACUUGAACAAAAUUGUGAUUUACGAGACUAACUGCAAUCUGUGGAAAGGUGAAAUCGUUUUUUUUUAUUCGAGAGUUUGUCAUGAAGACAUUUUUGAUUUUCAGCUAUUAUUACAAAGCCGCUUUUGUCAGUUGGAAGAUAAAGGUUUUUAAACAAAAACUACAAGAAUUUCAAUGCACACAUCAAAUAGAAUUAAUCAUAAUUCAAAGAAUAUCUGACUCUUUGUACUAGGAGGUGGAGACAGUAUUUGAAUUAUUUAAUGUAUUCUGCUUUGCUCAGAAAUGACUAGUUAAGCAUUUGGGAAGCGGAGAAUGAAAACUUGCAAAUGCACCCUUUAGAACUGUGCUUUGUCGUUUGAAUAGCCUGUUUAGGAUAUUUUGGGUUGAAGGGAUGAUGCUGUAAUGAGUUUCCUGCUUAAUUAAAGGAGUUGGAGUAUAGAUCAAUAAACUAAUCUGGUGCUGACCUUA